UACAAGUCUCGUUCUUUCACCACAACAGGUAACGCCUUGGCCCUCUGGAUCUUCUCCCGGCAGCGUGGCACAUCCUCUCCCGCUAACGUCUUCCUGUUGCACCUGGCUGUGGCCGACCUCUCCUACGUCAUAAUCCUGCCGCUCCGUGCCACAUACCACCUCACGGGGGGCCACUGGCCGUUCGGCGAGGUUCCGUGUCGAGUCGCCGGCUUCCUGUUCUAUGUCAACAUGUACGCGAGUCUCUACUUCUUGGCGUGCGUGGCCGGGGACCGCUACCUGGCCGUGGUGCACGCCGUGAGGUCACUGAAGAUCCGCCGUGCCCGCUACGCCCACACCAUCAGUUUCUCCCUGUGGGCGCUGGUCACUGUCUCCAUGGCGCCCCUGCUGGUCACCCCCCAGACUGCGGAGGUGGACGGGAUGACGGUGUGUCUGCAGCUGUACAGGGAGAAAGCCUCCCGUAAGGCCCUCGUCUCUUUAGCCGUAGCCUUCACCCCUCCUUUCCUCUCCACGCUGUCCUGCUACCUGCUCAUCAUCCACAGCCUGAGGAGAGGAUCCCGACUGGAGCCCCAGCUGAAGCUGCGAGCCCUGAGGACCAUCGGCCUGGUCAUGCUGAUCUACGUGGUGUGCUUCCUGCCGUACCACGUCUCCAGAGCCACGUUCAUCCUGGGGUACGCCCACCCAGAUGUCUCCUGCCAGACCAGGCGGGGUCUGUCGCUGGCCAACCGCGUCACCUCCUCCCUCACCUGUCUGAACGGGGGCCUGGAUCCUCUGGUAUACCUGUUUGGGGCCGAGAAGUUCCGGGGAACGGUGAGGAGGCUGUUCUUGAGAGACAGGGCCGGGGGAUCAGGGGCCACCAGUGCAGGAGAGCUGAAGGGAACACACGAGAGCUCUGUCAGCAUCAAGUCUGAGUUCUGAGAAGCUGGAGGUGGAACCAUCUGAAAUUUGAACUUUAUCUGACGGACUUAUUUUUAAGCUAUUUUUUUAAUACAUUUUUCUACCUGUUUUCACUCAAGCCUCUGCCAUCUCAAUGCUUAUUUUUAUACUGCCGCUCCUGUCCAUAUGGGACUGUAUCUUUGUUCUAUACUGCCACCUCCUGUCCAUAUGGGACUGUAACUUUGUUCUAUACUGCCUCCUCCUGUCCAUAUGGGACUAACUUUGUUCUAUACUGCCGCUCCUGUCCAUACGGGACUGUAUCUUUGUUCUAUACUGUCUCCUCCUGUCCAUAUGGGACUGUAACUUUGUUCUAUACUGCCUCCUCCUGUCCAUAUGGGACUGUAACUUUGACUUUGGGAAAUCAAUUUGUUUGUUUCAUCAUCGUCUCUCUUCAGUUGUAACUGUUUUCAACCCUGCCAAAGUGCUGGUAAAGACCAAAUCAAUGCCAUCCCAGUUGUAAUUCUAGUUGUACAGUAUUUUGCGUAAAACAUUAUUAUUAUUAUUUUUUAAAGGAGGGAAUGCGUGCCUUCUACUCUUAGUCUGUUAACUCUUUAAAAUCAUGCUUAGUAAUGACUAAUAUGCUUUUGGGCAAGGUUAUUAUUACGAUAAUACAAUCUUAUUCUCACUAAUUAAAGUGUAUCUUCAAUGUUAUUUCAUGUUACAAUCAAAUGCAUUUACUGUAUAUUUCCUCAUGUAAUCUCCAUUAACAUUUCUUUUGUCGUCCUAUUACCAAAAAAUAAAUAAAAAAUAAAUCUAGCCAUUCAUUUCAAAAUUAUAUAUCGGAUAAAUCUCUUACCGACUUUCUAGCAAAAAGUUAUGUUUGACGCUGAGGUUAGUCAUCAGUGUAUACAAAUGUAUGUGUUUGGACAUGAGUUUGCCUGUUUGUUUACACGUUUCCUCAUUGUAAUUGCUAUGCAUCCUGACAUAACAUUUGAGAUACUGCAGAGAGGGAGCUAUAGGGCUUCGUGCAGUAAACACAGUCUGGGUGCAUAAAGACAACUGUUCUCACCUAAAAUAUCUCAUGGCCUUUGUGUUAUUUAUACAUUUCACUGUAUCUUCACUUUCGGACUGUAAAUUAAUAAAUUGUUACAUAUAUAAAUAUA